UGAAUGGAAGUGAUGUCCAGUCUAAGCAACACAGCAGCAACCUGUGAAUAAAUAUUAUGGUAACUUUUAAUUGGAAUUUGGUUUUUUUGCGUUGAAGAGAGAAUUUACCUAUUAAUUGUUUUACAACUUUAUUUUUUAAGUUAAAUAUUCUUUUAGAAUUUAUUACUUUGUCUUCAAAGCUUCAGCAAAAUAAUAAAUAAAUAAAUAAAUAAAAGCAAACAAAUGCAUGUUUUUUAAAACCUUUUAAGAAUCCAAAAUCUUUAAAUUUGUGUGUUCUCCACUUUUAUUUUUUUGCUUCAAGUUUUUUGAAUUUUCAUUUUAUUUCUAAAUUUUGUUUUCUUAUUAUUUAUUUUUUUGUUUUACGUGAUACCAAAUGAUUGUACCCCUACACCAUCAAGAAUAUGGUGUACUCUCAAGUCUUAAGGGACAAAUGAGAUGCUGAUAAGUAUAGCUAGUAUGGAGUUGUAUAUUUGACAAAGUAGUUUUCAUCAUUCUCAUGAUCGCUAUUGGGAGAUAACGCUUUUGACUAGGAUUGUGUAUUUGCCUAAUCAGUAUAUUUCUCCAUUAUAUCUCUUAAACGAGUUUCAUAAAAGCAUAUAGUUAGCUUUAGGACAACACAUCGUUAGCUUUAAUGCAAAAAAAUCAGAACAUAUUGCCAUUUUCCUUUCUUUUUUCUCCUCUCUUUUAGUUCUAUUAAUUUUUUUUUUAUAUCUAUCUUUUAGUUUGGGUUUGCAGAAUCUUACAAAGUACAUGUGUUUUAUAGAUGAAGGUAAAUGAUGAGAACUCGUAGUUGAGAUUUGUCGAUGACGGAGGUUUUCAAAAGAAUGCGGAGAAAGGAUGGCGAUGAUUCACCGCUUGAGUGUCGAGAGCGCCGCCGCCGGAGAAUCGAGAUGAGGAGGCUGUCGUCAGUUUCAAUCUCCAGUUCGGUGACGCAGCCUAGUCUGUCUGAGAGCUCAAUUUUGACUGAAGACGUGACCCGGUUACCCACUUCGGAGUCGGAUGAUUUAUUACUGGUUGCGAAGGUGUCUGCGUCGUCUAUCGAGAAGGUGGAGCCAGAGACGGAGAGGGCGGAGGUGAAAUUGGCUGCAGAGGCAGAGCCAGUGUUCGGGAUGAUGUCGAUAGCGGGUAGGUCGCGUGAGAUGGAAGACACCGUUUCUGUGCGAACGAAUCUUUGCCGGCCUGAGAUGAAUCACAGCCGACCCGUGCAUUUCUUCGCCGUUUAUGACGGCCAUGGCGGCGCCCACGUGGCAGCAUCGUGCAAGGAAAGGAUGCACGUGUUUGUGGAAGAAGAGCUUAUGCGCGUGGAAUUCACGGAUGAGAAAGAGCGUGGAGAGAAUGGAAGCUCGGUGGGGGAGGAGAACGAAGGGAAGUGGAGAACAGCUAUGAAAAGGAGCUUUGAGAGAAUGGAUGAGGUGGCAAUGAACACUUGCGCGUGUGGAAGCGUGGGGUAUCGGUGUGGGUGCCACUCGAUGGAGGUGGCGCUUGGGGGGUCCACUGCCGUGGUGGUGCUGUUAACUGAUGAACAUAUCCUGGUUGCUAAUUGCGGUGACUCACGCGCCGUCCUUUGCCGUGCCGGAAAAGCCAUUCCUCUCAGUUUCGAUCAUAAGCCUGAUAGAUCGGAUGAACUUGAAAGGAUUAAAGGCGUUGGAGGCAGAGUCAUUUUCUUAAAUGGAGCACGUGUUGAAGGGAUUCUUGCUAUGUCCCGAGCGAUAGGAGACAAGUACUUGAAGCCAGUUGUAACAUCGGAGCCUGAGAUAACAUUCACUAAGCGAGAACCACAAGAUGAGUGCUUAAUUCUUGCAAGUGAUGGCUUGUGGGAUGUUCUGUCAAGCGACUUGGCUUGCGAGGUGGCACUUGAGUGUCUUAAAGAAAGAAGCAAUGGUGUUGGUGGUGCUGCUGCCUCUGCUACUGCAUUCAAUCACAAUGCUAGGCCUCAGAUAGUAGAUGAAGGGGCUGAAGCAUUGUACCCAUCUCGAAGUGCUAUGGCUGCUGCACUGCUUACUCGCCUUGCUUUGGGACGUAAAAGUUCUGAUAACAUCAGUGUCAUAGUCAUCGACUUAAAGAGGAGUUGACAAGUAGAAUGAGGUAACCUUUCUUCUUCAUAGUGUGUGAACCUCGUACACAUGCCCCUCUUAAGGCAGAAAACAGAAUGUACAGAUUAAUCAAGUUGUUAAAUAACAAGAAUAUACUCCUUUUCUUUGCACCAUCUAUAUAAACUGGACAUGCACAUUGAGGUGCUUUUCCAUAUUACCUAAGUUGGUGAUGACAAUGUGACAUAAGGUGUAUGGAUUUCCAUGUUAGCAAGUGAAUCUUGCAAUGUUGUAUGUCUAAUCCUCAAUCCAUCUAAUUAAAUUUAUAACAAAGC